AUGCGUUUUUCUAAACUUGAUAAUGGAGGUGUAUCAUACAUCUUCAAUUAUCUAUCCAUACUUCUUUGGACUUUGUCAUUUUGGACAACAAGGGUCCAUGCACAAGCAUCUGACAUCUGUGUGACUGCAAAGAGUGCUACAGGUGCUGCUGGUUUCAACGUUACCGUAUACUAUUAUAGUGCUCUUUUGGUCACAGAUUUCAAAACAUACUUAUCCACUCCAAGUCAAUACCAAGCUGGUAUCGUUCAAACCACAAAGACAGGACUAACUAAUAUAAAUUACAAUGUCAGUCCAAACCUUUUCGGUUAUGCUACCAUCUAUGGGACCAGUGUCUAUGCAAAUACUCUUGUCGUUGAAGCAUCAGGGUUCUUUGUUCCUUCAACUACUGGUACUUAUACUUUCCAAUUAACUAGCUCUGAUGACGAUGCUGCUAUUUUGUUCAGUACUACAGCUACUGCACAAUGUUGUCCACAAAAGACAGUUAAUACUUAUUUCACAUAUAAUGUGGCUUUGUUCCAAUCGUAUAAUUCUGCUGCUGCCACCGUAGCUGUCGACUUACAAGCAGGUGUUCCAUAUCCAAUCAAGAUAACAGCAGUUAAUACGCAAGGUGCCGCUAUUUUAAAUGCAGCCUUUAUCGAUCCUGCAGGUACUACUCAUACAGAUUGGAAAGGUUACAUUGCAAGUCCAAAUGAAAUUCAAGCCCAAUGUCCAACAUUCCCAUAUGUUCCAAUAACUACUACAAGCCAAUGGACUGGUGCUAAGACUUCCACAACAACAACCACAAAGAUUGUUACUGGUACAGAUGGUAGCCCAACUGCCGAUAGAGUUAUAAUAGUGGAAACUCUACCAUUCUCCUUACCAUCACCAUACACAACGACGCAAGUUGUAGGUGGGUCUACUAUUUCAGAGGUGUUUUCAUUCUUAUCUUCCAGUAGUGGUACAAACGCCAUAACGGUUACCAAGGUUUCUACCAUUCCACCACCAUUUUCUACACCACCUGCUUAUUUAACAACAGUCACAACAGAUGGUUCCACCAUUUCAGGGGUUGUUGAAUUUUAUUCUACAACAAAUAGUAAUGGGGCUCAAAUGACUGCAACUUCUACUCUUACAAUUCCACCACCAGUAUCCGUCAUUUCAAGUGUACAGAGUAGUUCUACUAGCACAGUAGUGGUCCCAACGAAUGGUUGUACGCCACCUACUGCUAAGGUAAGCACUUCGGGUUCUUUCAACAUAAAUCUAUACACCUAUGUUGAUGGCUCUUACAACUUCCAAACAUUUUUAACAUCAACGUAUAGUUCCUUUUCCAAAUACGGGUCUACUUCAGGUUAUACCAACAUUAAUUUCAGUAUCAAUCCAAGUAUCUUUUUAGGUUACUGGGGGUCCUUGUUUGGGAUGGUUAUUAAUGAAGUCUCCUUCUCCGCUGAAUUCACUAGUUUCUUUGUUCCACCUACAACCGGUACUUAUACUUUCCAGUUAAGUGGUAGUGAUGAUUAUGCUGCAUUGUUCUUCAGUGAUACUUCUUAUUUUGAAUGUUGUCCAGGUGGCCAAUAUAGUAGUCCAUCAGCUACAAAUAUGGCUAUUUAUCAAGCCUAUAGUGUUAUCGGUGCUGGUACUAAUACUGCUCAAUUUACGCUACAAGCUGGUGUUCCUUACCCAAUUAAGGUCACCUAUUUGAACCGUGUAGGUACCGGUGUUUUGAAUUUAGCCUUUACUGAUCCAGCAGGAACUAAACAUACUGAUUUCUCUGGUUAUCUUGCUGAUUCUAGCUCUUUACCAUCACUUUGUCCAAAAUUGGUCACCACUACAUCAUAUACCCAGUGGACAGGUACUAAGACUGUUACUAGUACCACAUUCACUACUUUGGUCACUGGUGCAGAUGGUUCUGCAACUUCUGAUGUUAUCAUUGUCAUUGAAACUCCACCACCAUUUUCUCUACCUAAACCAUAUACAACAACUGUGGUCAGUGGCUCAUCAUCUAUCUCUGAAGUGGUCUCAUUCUAUUCAACACAGUCAGGAGGUAGGCCAGUAACGAGAACAACUACUUCGACUAUUCCACCACCUUUCUCACUUCCAGAUGCCUAUAUAACUACUGUAACUGAUGAUAGUUCUACUUACUCUGAAAUUAUUGAAUACUUCUCCACACAGAGUAAUGGGAAUCCGGCCACGGCAACAUCUACAUAUACUAUUCCACCUCCAUACACCUUCCCAUCUACUAUUGAACGACCAUCUUCUACAUCUCAAAUUGUAUUACCAUCUAGUGGUUGUGCAGCUCCUACGAAUUCCCCAACUACUGGUGGAUUUAAUGUCAAAUUAUACUACUUUAACAGUUUAGCUUAUGGAUCUGGAUAUGAUUAUCAAACAUUCUUAACUUCUGAAUACCCAUAUGCUCCAUUAUAUGGUACAGCAAGUGGCAUCACUAAUAUCAACUUCAGUUUGAGUCCUUCUAUUUUCGCUGCCUAUUACGGUGUGUUAUACGGUAACUUAAUUCAAGAAACAAACUUUGUUGCUGAAUAUACUUCAUUCUUUGUUCCUAAGACUUCUGGUACUUAUACAUUUGAAUUAACCAACAGUGAUGACUAUGCAGCUCUAUUUUUUGAUUCUGGUACGUACUUCCAAUGUUGUCCAGGCGGUAUUGUUGACAUUCCAUCUGUAUCUACUAAUGCGAUCUUCCAAUCGUACACAGUUACUGGAGCCGGUACUAGUACUGCUAAAUUUACCUUACAAGCUGGUGUUGCCUACCCAAUUAAGAUCACAUAUUUGAACCGUGUAGGUACUGCUGUAUUGAAUGCAGCCUUUGUUGAUCCAUCAGGAACUACACACACUGACUGGUCUGGGUACUUGGCCAACUCUUCUGAUUUGAGCAAACUAUGUCCUAAGUUAGUCACUACGACGAGCUAUACUAAAUGGAAUGGGACACAAACAACAACAAGUACAACUUACACAACUUUAAUUACUGGUACAGAUGGCCUUCCAACAUCCGAUUUUGUUAUUGUCAUUGAAACUCCUGUUUUAAGCUCUUCUAGUUCUUCUACAGGUAGCUCUUUCAGUUCUUCUACGGGUAGCUCUUCCUCCAGUUUUGAAACUUCAAAUGAGCCAUCAUCGGUUGCCACCAGUUCAUUAGUUCCAUCAAGUUCAUCCGUUUCAGGAAGGUCUUCAAUAACAUCCACAGCAGUUACUUCUUCACAAAAUUCAUCUUCAUCCGAAAAUAUAGUUACCGAAAUUACUACAGAAUAUGAUACGCUAACAGAGACAAUAUAUAGUCUCGUAACAGUGACAGUCUACAAUUCUGAGGUCGUUCAUACAACUAGAUACGAGACUUUCCCUUGGACAGGUACAACCACCACUUCAAGAACAGUAACGAUCAAUACAAUCUAUAGGACAAUGUAA